GUAUUAUCAGGUGACACUCAACGUAGGCCAACCUCCCAAACCUUAUUUUCUCGACAUAGACACGGGGAGCGAUCUCACUUGGCUCCAAUGUGAUGCACCUUGCGCCAAAUGUGUUCCGGCUCCUCAUAGGCCUUACAAACCGAAUAACAAUAUUGUAAAGUGUAAAGAUCCCAUAUGUGCAUCCCUUCACUCGCCUGGGAACCAUCCGUGUCGCACGCCUGAAGAUCAAUGUGACUACGAGGUUGAGUAUGCCGAUCGUUGUUCAUCCUUAGGCGUGUUGGUCAGAGACGUAUUUCCAGUAAAAUUUACCAAUGGUAGCUCCGUCGCUCCUCCUCUGGUGUUUGGUUGUGGGUACGAUCAAGAAGUGCCAGCGUCAGCGCAUGCACCUUUUACGGAUGGAAUUCUUGGUCUAGGGAAUGGAAAAGCGAGCGUAGUAUCACAGAUGAGCAGCAUGGGUCUUAUCCGUAAUGUAGUAGGUCACUGCUUAAGCGGCCACGGUGGAGGUUUUCUUUUCCUCGGAGAUGAUGUUGUCCCCUCUUCCGGGAUUGUUUGGGCACCUAUCGUGCGUGCACCUUCAGAGAAACACUAUUCUUUGGGACCGGCUGAUGUACUAUUAGGUGGACGGGCAACUGGAAUAAAGGGUCUACUGAUGAUUUUUGACAGCGGAAGUACCUUUACAUACCUUAAUUCCGAAGCUUACAAAACUCUGUUGUUUUUGAUCAAGAAAAACAUAAACCCAAAGCAGCUGACUGAUGCAGUGGACGAAAAAGCGUUACCCGUCUGCUGGAAAGGACCGAAACCAUUCAGAUCCAUCGAUGAUGCCAAGAGCAAUUUCAAGCCAUUAACAAUUAGUUUCACGAGCGCUAGGAAUGUUCAGCUUCAACUGACACCCGAGUCUUAUCUUGUUCGUACUGAUCGUGGCAAUAUAUGCUUAGGCAUACUGAACGGUUUGGAGGCCGGAUUGGGAAAUGUGAAUCUCAUCGGAGAUAUUUCUAUGUUAGACAAAAUGGUGAUAUACGACAAUGAAAAACAACGGAUAGGAUGGAUUCCAUACAACUGCAACAAGCUUCCAUUGUCGUCCUGACAGCAUAUAUCAUGCUUACAAGUGAAGAUUUUGGUGAUAUAUCAGAGGAAGAAGCAAGCAGAAAGUAUGUUAGUAUUGUAAGCUAAGUUGUGCGGACUCUUCACUUUUGAUGUCGCACCCGUGUCGGAUUCUCCAAAAAUACACUACUUUUGGUGAAUCCGACACGCACCCGCUGACAUUUUUGAAGCGUCCGAAGCAACAUAGAUUGUAAGCAUACCAAUGUUUGCUAUAUUAUAGAGGAACUAUUUCACAAAAUUCACUUGUAAUAAACCAUAGAAUAGCAGCCUAUUUAUGUAUAUUCAGUGCAUAUCUAUUACAACGCAAAGCGAGGUGUUGAGUCUGAA